UGGAAACUGCAAACUGUUGCUUCUAUCUUAACUUGCAUAAAGACCUGUGGAUGCUAUGUAGAGGGAAAUUAAUGUGCACAAACAGCAAAAUUUUGGCUAGAACAUCAUUGAGGAGGUGGGACUUGAGCUAGCUCUUAUAUCACUUGGGCUAAUGUAGACCAUAUAAAUACGGGAAAGAGAGAAUGGGGAUAUUACUACCAACCAAACAGCCUUCAUCUCUCAGAGAGCACUUCUCCCCAUCUCUUGCUGCCACUUCUUUGGGCCUCACCCUGCUCAGCAUGGCUCUCUGGAUCCGAUCGCUGCCUCUCAUGGCCCUGCUCGCUCUUUCUGGCCCUGGGACCAGCCAUGCAGCUGCCAACCAGCACCUCUGUGGCUCCCACUUGGUGGAGGCUCUCUACUUGGUGUGCGGAGAUCGGGGCUUCUUCUACUCCCCCAAAGCCCGACGGGACAUUGAGCAGCCUCUAGUGAGUGGUCCCUUGCAUGGUGAGAUAGGAGAGCUGCCCUUCCAGCAGGAGGAGUUCGAGAAAGUGAAGCGAGGUAUCGUUGAGCAAUGCUGCCACAACACCUGCUCCCUCUACCAACUGGAAAACUACUGUAACUAGUGGCCAGGCCAGCAGCGGGGAGUUCAUCGGCCAUGGGUAGAAACAUGCACUUAAUGCUAAUGCACCUUCAAAGAAACGGAAUAAAUGUUGUAGAUCUGUUU